AUGGGCGAAGAAACGAUCGCCAAGUUUUGGCUUGCUACCAAAGCAGAACUACAGGAUGUUCUACUCCAUGAACGGCUUAUCCAACACUUCAAACCAACGCAAAACACACAACUCGUGCACGAAACUUUAUCCGAGUUAUACUGCCGCUAUGUUCAUCUAUGUCGGAUGUUGGACCGGUGCUACGAUCAAACGCUGCAAGUUCAAAAACGGGAGGUUAUCAAAAUUCUCACUGAAUCUUCCAAUCGACGUCUUUUGGAGUUACAGCAAAAGAUCAAACAGAUGGAAUUGAGUGAGUUUACCUACAUAGAUGGAGCCCUUCGAGAGUUGCACUUGAUUCCAGAAGAUGUACAAAUCUUGCGUCCUUGUUACUUUCCGCUGGACCGAACAGCGGAGUUACAAACAUUAAUAUCGAAUCGAAAUCUGGAACCAGUAACUAGUAGUUCUAGUGGUGAUGAAUGGUCGAGUUCGGAAAGUGAAGUAGAAGAACCGCAACCAGACCCAAGACGUCCAUUCAUACGGAGAGAUCGUGCCAAGGAAAAGCGAAUUGCAGCCUUGAAUUUAAUUCUUGCUCACGAAAAAGCACGUCGAGCUAGAAUACUGCUAUUGAAUUUCAGAAUUCAUCCAAAACUAUUUUAUCCGAAACCAAGAGAGGAUUCAAUUCUAGAUUUUCACUACGAAUUCUACCAUCAUCCGGACCAGAUCAUGCUGAUUCCUGUUAAAAGAACCGUGUUCACUUGGGAUUAUCGACUGAAGAAGAAAAAUGUUGUGGAUUUUCCAUAUUACGGACCACCAGGUUGGAUCGAAGAGAUUACAGAGGAAGUUAAACCAAAGAUAGAACUGCAGAAAAACGUAGAAGAAAUAAAAAUCGAAGAGAUAAUAGAGGAAGACAACACUGAGGAAUUAGUGGAGAAUAUGCUACACACACGAGCCGCUAGAAAAAUCCAACGAUAUUGGACGCGUUACAAGGAAAGAAAACAACUAUUAAGAGAACGUUACCGAAAGUCGCUCUUUCUAGGAAUGAUUGACGAAAUGGAACGCGGCCCGGAUCUCGACUCAAGAAUCGAGCAAGCAAAAAUGGACCGACGAAAGCGUAAGCUAGAGUUUGAUGAAUCUUUUAUUCGAGCGAUCGAAGACGAGAAAACUAGGAUUUUGCAACAGCGUGGACCAUGGAUUAUGGAGGACAUAUCCGAUCACAUUCGAGCAUGGUUCAAAGACUUUUACGAUUUCGCGCAUGCUUUCGAUCGGUAUCCAGAGGCAUGGGAAGGUGGAACACUUCUAGUUGUAAGAGGCGAAACGUUAACACCUGAUGAGUAUAUGGAGGCUGAACGAAAAAAAGCUAUAGAAAAAAAGAAGUCUAAAGACCAAAAAAUCAAGGAGGCCGAAGCUAGAAAAAAGGCAAAAGAACGAGAAAAGGCAAAACUAAAGGAGGCAAAAGAACGAUUGAAGGAGAAAAAACGCGAAGAGAAAAGAAAAGAAAAAGAACAGGGAAAGACUUACGAUUUUAGUAAACCGGAUUUUGCUACUAAUGCUUUGCUAACAAUGGAUGAAACGAUAGUUCGCUAUGAAAAAGACUGGUACUUUGUGGAUGAAUUGGAGAACAAAGACGAAUUACCAAUCAUGGAGUGGAUUACCCUUGAUAAGUUUGCAGAAGUUCAUCAGGAGUUACGCCCAUUGGUUGACGAAGUGCUUCGUGGUGAACGAGAACUGCUUCAGAAAGCACUUUGCAAGGAUACAAAGAAAAAAUACAAAGCACCUAAACCUAAAAAACAGAAGAAGAAGAGAGGUAAAGGGAAAGGAAAAGGCAAAAAGAAGAAGCAACUUCUCGAUCUGACGGCUGACAGGACGAUCGAUUCACUGUACGAAGAGCUGGUAGAUAUGAACAUCGUUCGAACGUACAAAAAAAGAAAAAUUGAUGAUUAUAUAGGAGACUACAAUUACGCAGCUUUCGAAAGACGAAAUUUUUUAGAAGAAGAUCCUCCUGCAGCUAUGGACGAAGUUCGGGAUAUAAUCCGAUCAUGGUUGUUUGGGUUGGGACCCCUCAUGCUACCGAGGCCGAAGUCAUUUUGUUUAAUUGGACCGCCCGGCUAUGGGAAGACAAUGCUUGUAGAAGCUAUUUCCAGUGAAAUAGAUGCGGUUCUCUUUGAUUUGAGUGCUUCUAAUAUCGCAUCGGUAGAUAAGGCACAGUUACCAAUGGUCAUACAAAUGGUAUUGAAAUUGGCACGCAUUUUACAACCAACCGUUAUCCACAUCGAUCAAGCACACAAAUUAUUUUACAAAAAGAUCCCUCCAGAUGAAAGCUCUAUGGAACCAACGAAGCUUGGAAAGCUCUUAUUCAAAAAACUAGUAAAACAGAUAAAAAACGAUGAGAAGAUUUUACUAGUUGGAACAUCUAGUCAACCGUGGACAGCCAAAGUUGGAAAGUUCAAAAAGUGUUUCGAAAAAUUUCUCAUAAUCCCCAAAACGGAUUAUGGUACAACGCAACAACUUUGGAAGUACGCUUUGAGCAAGAAGCCCGGCGUUAGCAAAGAUUUUGAUUUAUCUCCAUUGUCUUUGGUUACGAAAGGCUAUUCUCCAAAGCAAAUAUUUGAUUGUGUUAACCAAUCUCUGGGGAUCAGAAGACGGAUGAGACUCGAAAGAGAACCGUUGACAGCGAGUGAACUACUAGAUUAUUUUCUUCAGAAGCAACCUGCCGAGUACCCUAUUACAGACAAGGAAUAUGGCAAAUACCUCAAUUUCCAGCGGAAAGUGGAUAAAAUGGCCAAGAAGCGUGCCAAAAUGGUUAAAAUUCGCGAGGAAGAACGUGCUAAGCAGAAGGCAAUGGCUGAAAAGAAGAAGAAAAAGUAAAUCAAUCAUGUGAAACUACCUAAACAUAUGGGAAA